AUGAAGAAGCACCUUCUGAUUUUGAAGUUGUCAGAUGAAGAUUCGGAUAUACCUGAUGCUGCUUCUGAGCACAAUACCGACACAGAUGAUGAAGAGAUGCCAGAGUUUCAGCGUUUUGUACCGCUUCCUACAGCUACUUCCUGUGAACCACAGUUUCUAGGUAAAACUAAGGCCCAAAACAUCAUCACCAAGCUUCCAGGCGUGAAGGGAAACGCACGAAACGCUAAAGAAAUUAUAGAUUGUUGGCAACUAUUUUUCCCUCUAGAUGUUUUAGGGGAUAUAGUGAAAUAUACAAACCAAAAGUUGGACCAGAUUAGAGAAAAAUAUCCACGGAUUCGAGACUGUUUGCAGACAGAUCUGGAUGAGAUGAUGGCUUUUCUAGGCCUUCUUUAUUUAGCUGGUGUUAAGAGAGGACAGCAUCUAAAUACCCAGGAGUUUUGGGCACAGGAUGGUACUGCUCCAUAUUCCUUUACAUCGUCAAAAUGGCAACAUAUCAUUUUGGUCCUUCGAGACGGAUAUGGACCAUCUAGGCAACGUUUCUUCAAAUUACUUCACUUCGCUGAUACUGGCAUUGCCAACAGAAGGUUAGAUGAAGCAGAUAUGGAAAAUCCAAAACCAUACAAGAGAUUUCGAUACACGGAGGCGCAGCUACAAGAGGCAGUAGAGUUCAUCAGACAAUCAAAAUUGAACAUUUCCCAAGCAAGUAAAAAAUAUGGAAUUCCGAAAAGUACUUUAUCGAAUAAAUUAAGAGGCAAAGUGCCUGCAGUGAGAAAAAUGCGACCCACAACCAUUCUUACAAUGGAAGAGGAGGCCAAUCUAGAAAAAUGGAUUUUAUCCAAAGCAAUGUUAGGUUUUCCAAUGCACCCAGACGAAGUUAAAGAUUCAGUUCAACGAGUUUUGAAAAUUGUGAAACGACCAAAUGUUUUCACAGAUGAUAGGCCAGGAAAAAAAUGGAUGAAACUUUUUCUUCAAAGGCACCCCAAUGUUACGCAGCGAAACACUGAAAUAAUUUCAAAAGGUCGAGCAUCAGUUACAGAAGAAGGCAUUCGGACAUGGUUCGGUGAACUACAGGAUUAUCUAAUCAGCGAAAAUGCUGAGGAUAUUCUAUCAUGCCCUGAAAGAAUUUUUAACGCAGACGAGACAGGGUUGCAGACAUGUCCAAAAUCGGGAAAAUUGUUAGGUACAAAAAAUUAUAAGAACUUUUAUGAGCUGGCAAGUGGACCAGAGAAAGAGUGCAUUACCGUCCUUUGCACUUUCUCGGCGGCAGGUGUCUGUGUACCUCCGAUGGUGGUGUAUCCAUACAAAAGAAUACCUCGGGAUAUUGUUACAUCUAUGCCAGAUAAUUGGGGAAUAGGUCGGUCGGAUUCAGGGUGGAUGGUGAGUGCGACAUUUUACGAAUUCGUAGCCAAUAUCUUCUAUCCAUGGUUGGAAGAAAAUCAUAUAAAACUACCCGUUUUGUUACUGUUAGAUGGACACAAAUCGCACAUAAGCAUGGAUCUUUUCAACUUUUGCAUAAAAAACAAUAUUAUAUUAUUUUGUUUGCUGCCUAAUGCUACUCACAUACUCCAACCCUGUGACGUCGCGGUGUUCAAAGCUUUGAAAGUAGCCUGGAAAGAUGUUGUUAUGAGGCAAAAACAGGAUUCACAAAAGUCUAUCACAAAAACCAACUUUGCACCUCUAUUUAAAAAUGCUUUUGAUAAAGCCAUCAAACCUGAAACAAUAAUGGCUGGAUUUCGAGUAACCGGUUUAUUUCCUUUUGACCCAAAUGCAGUAGACUAUUCGAAAUGUAUUUCGAACAGGCGGAAAGAAAUUCGGGAGUUUGAAGUUGUGCGAACUAUUGCAAAUCCUGUUAAUUCUGCAGAUUAUAAAAGUACUCUUAAAGUUCUCGAACAUCAUGGAUCCACCCUUAUUAGACCAGUUUAG